AUGUCGCCUAUGUCAAGCCUGGCCCUCAAGGCUGCUCUCCUGCUCCCUCUCGUGAGCGCCGCUUCAUGCAGCAAUGAGUCCUACACCCACAAUGGCCUCACCUGGUCCCGUGGCAUCCGGAUGAACCAGGUUCAAGUCGUAGGCACGCACAACUCGUACCAUCGCGAGGCCCCGCUUGAGGAGCACCCAACCCAGGCGAAGAUGCUUCCAAACGUCCAGAACUACUACUACUCCCACCCGUCCCUUGAUAUACAGCUCAACUACCAGUCCAUCCGCAACCUUGAGCUCGACAUCUUUGCCGACCCUGAGGGAGGCCACUACGCCACGCCCCUCAUCCGCAAGCUUGCGAACCUCUCCACGACUCCAGACCCCGAUCUCCUCGCUCCAGGAAUCAAAGUCCUCCAUGUCGCCGACGCAGACUAUCACCCUACCUGCAAGACAUUCAUCGGGUGCUUGAGUAUCGUCAAGAAGUGGAGCCAGGCGCACCCGGACCAUGUCCCCAUCCCCUUCAUGAUCGAGUUCAAGACCUCCGAAGCCGCCUUCGCAGCAAUCGGCGGUGCGUCUCAGAUCCCCUGGAACGAUACAGCACUUCUCAAGGGCCUCGAUGAUGAGAUCCGUAGUGUCUUUGCGCCCGGGGACCUUGUUACCCCGGAUGACAUCCGUAGGGGCAACUUGACGCUGGAGCAGUCUGUCUUGCAGUAUGGGUGGCCUGACUUGGAGAGUGCCCGUGGUCGUGUGCUGUUCCUGAUGGACAACGGACCCGUCAACCCAAUUCGUGACUCUUACACCGAGGGCCGACCUAACCUUGAAGGCCGUAUUCUCUUCACAAACUCCGCGCCCGGAAACUCUGACUGCGCGUUCCAAAAGCUCAAUGACCCCACUGGCACCGAACAGGCCAACAUCCAGGCGCAGGUCAAGGCGGGCUACUGGGUCCGCACACGCGCCGACAUCCCGCUCGAUACGCUGUUGUCCAACGACACGACGGGGAUGCGUGAGGAUGCGUUCUCCAGCGGUGCGCAGAUCGUGUCGACCGAUUUCCAGGCCUACGGCAUGAGCAGCCGCUGGAACGUCGACUAUGCCGUUCGCUUCGAAGGUGGUGCGGCGGUGCGAUGCAACCCCAUCAAUGGGCCCGCCCAUUGCGCGAACGAGGCGUUGGAGCCGGUUUCGUAUGUCCGCAACUAG